AUGGGAAGUAAGUGGAUUGUUAUAUUAUUCAUGAUGUGUUUUGCUUUUAGUCAAGUUCCUUGAGUUCAUCAAGCCCUUCUGCGGGUUUAUCCCGGAGGUGUCAAAACCUCAAAGGAAGAUCCAAUUCCGUGAAAAGAUGCUAUGGACUGCCAUCACCUUGUUCGUCUUCUUGGUCUGUUGUCAAAUCCCAUUGUUCGGUAAGUUUUGUCGAGGUUUUUGGUUGAAUAGGCUAUGAAAAAAGUUUAAAUAGGUCAUGACCUAAAUACUGAGAAUAGUCGGCAUUUCUUUGGCUUUGAGGAACUGAGUUGUUGGGUAAUCUUGCUUAACGUAGAUAAGGUUUUAGAAAUAAAAGUUAAAGCUGAAAACCACCUAUUUUUUGACGGUUAUUCUAUUUUUCUUUUUUAGGAAUUAUGUCAACGGAUUCUGCUGAUCCACUCUACUGGCUUCGUGUUAUCUUGGCUUCAAAUCGAGGAACAUUGAUGGAACUUGGUAUCUCUCCCAUUGUCACAUCCGGAAUGAUUAUGCAAUUGUUGGCUGGUGCAAAGAUUAUUGAAGUCGGAGACACUCCUAAGGAGCGUGCCCUUUUCAACGGAGCCCAGAAAUGUAAGUUUUCAGGAUAUUAUUCAUGUUUCGAAUUCUAGUGUUCGGUAUGUUGAUUACUGUCGGUCAAGCCAUCGUAUACGUCGUGUCGGGAAUGUACGGAGACCCACACGAAAUUGGAGCCGGUAUCUGCCUCUUGAUCGUUGUCCAACUGGUCGUCGCUGGUCUGAUCGUUCUUCUCCUUGACGAACUUCUCCAAAAAGGAUACGGAUUGGGCUCGGGUAUCUCGUUGUUCAUUGCCACCAACAUCUGCGAGACCAUCGUGUGGAAGGCCUUCUCUCCGACCACUGUGAAUACCGGCCGUGGAACCGAAUUCGAGGGUGCCGUCAUUGCCCUCUUCCAUCUGUUGGCCACCCGUGGAGACAAGGUCCGCGCUCUCCGUGAAGCUUUCUACAGGCAGAACCUCCCCAACUUGAUGAACUUGAUGGCCACCGUCUUUGUUUUCGCUGUGGUCAUUUACUUCCAAGUGAGUUUUUUUUUCUUUUUUUUGUAUUUUAGGUUUAAUGGAACAUGUUCAAAUCAUUAUUUUGCAGGGAUUCCGCGUUGACCUUCCAAUCAAGUCUGCCCGUUAUCGUGGACAACAAUCCAGCUACCCAAUUAAGCUGUUCUACACCUCCAACAUCCCUAUUAUCCUCCAAUCUGCACUUGUCUCCAACUUGUACGUCAUCUCUCAAAUGUUGGCCUCAAGAUUCGGUGGAAACUUCAUUGUGAACUUGCUCGGUACCUGGUCUGAUGCCUCGGGUGGAUACAGAUCUUACCCCACCGGAGGUCUCUGCUACUAUCUCUCGCCACCAGAAUCGAUUGGAGCUCUCCUGACCGACCCAAUUCACGGUAUCUCCUACAUUGCUUUCAUGCUCGGGUCUUGCGCCUUCUUCUCCAAGAUCUGGAUCGACUUCUCCGGGUCAUCCGCCAAAGACGUUGCCAAACAAUUGAAGGAACAACAGAUGAUGAUGUCCGGACACAGAGACACUUCCAUGAUCAAGGAACUCAACCGAUACAUCCCAACUGCCGCCGCUUUCGGUGGUCUGUGUAUUGGAGCACUAUCGGUAACAGCCGAUUUCAUGGGUAAGAUAAUGGUUUUUUUUUAUUUUUUUUUCUUUGUUUUAGAUGAAGGUUUGACCUUGAAGAAACUAAUUGACCCAUUUUCAGGCGCCAUCGGCAGCGGGACUGGUAUCUUGUUGGCUGUCACAAUUAUCUACCAGUACUUUGAGAUCUUCGUCAAGGAACAGCAGGAUCUCGGAGGAGUUUCGGGACUGUUCUUCUAG